AUGAUGCGGGACACGGCUUCAGCCGUAGGACGUGUUCAAGAUCUCGAGCGGCUCAGAAACCAAUUUCGACGCUUGUUUAGUCUUCCCGGAAAAUAUCCUGCAGCUUUGACCACGAAGUCCGUUACCAGCGUCCAGAAACUCUUGCUAGACGCGAUAAGAAAUAUGCACGACCUAAAAGCUGUAUGCUUUGACUUUACUCGCGCCCAUGACACCAGACAAUAUUUGUCUGUGCAUGAGGUUUGGUCGCUACUCUCCGGUCGGGUAGACACAUUGUCUAUCUAUAUCUGCCCCGACGACGCACACUUGCUCCCUUCGACUUUCUCCAGUAUACUUGGGAUAAAACAUCUGUACAUCGAGUUACGAGGCUUCCGGGUGACCGAGGUGCGCGGGUUAACCGAACUGAUAAAUACGGCCUCCCAGUCGUUGGAGACGUUUGCAUGGAAAUCAAACUUCUGCUUCAUAGAUUUCUCAAGUUCGAUCCAUAGGUCGUUCCCCAUCCUGCAUGUUUUCCCAAAACUUAAACGUGCGGAUCUGGCUGUUUGGAACACCACAGGCUCCGAAGUGACGACAUUCUUGAAUGCCCACGGGGGGAGCCUUGAGGAAUUGAAUUUAGAAUUCUCUCACCCUGACGGGGGUCCACCGGUCGGCGUCGCGGCCCUCCAGCUCCCCUCACUGCGUACCCUUUCUAUCGCGUGGAAUUGGUGCAAAUGGGGUGGUCCCGUUACUAUCCCGUUUCAACGACUUUGGUCCGGUGCCAACUUCCCCAUGCUCAGUUGCCUGGAAAUAAAUGAUCCUUACAUGAAGAUGGACCAUGUGGCUUUCUUUUGCGAUGUGUUCAGAGAGUCAGGUGGAAAUCGCAUACGGCGUCUUUCGUUCCAUUGCGAAGCCUUGAACGCGGAAACCUUCGACCAUCUAUCAGAGGCCUUCCCGAACCUACACACACUCAUCGUCACAGUGAUAUCCUUGCCAAAACCCAGGGACAAAUUGUGGAACAUCGUGUGUUGUCCUCCCUCCAACUACCUCUUGUAUUCUCUGACAUAG